AUGGAUCCAUUAUAGGGAGAGUUUUCCUGUGAAACUAUUUUUUUUCCUUCCUAGCUAAUUCAUCAUUGUUUCCACACAUGGCCCCUAUAUAUGAAUAUGUGGAUCUCUUUUGGCAUGACCAUCCUUUAUGUUACAAAGUUGGUUUAAUUUCUGAUGGAUGCGAGGAGUGUCAUAAGUCUACUGGAAACCUUGUUGCUUGGAGCCAGUUAUAUGAAUGCUCUGUAUGCAAAAUGAAAUGGCACCCCUCUUGUGUUCCAACCUCGCCGGAGAGUAUUAACCACCCUUGCCACUCUAGCCACCCCCUCGAGCUCAGCCUCCAAGGGCCACCUAUCUACGGUAACAAGAAAUGUAGCCUCUGUCAACAGAAACUCUCCAACUUUAUCUACCACUGUAAGCUAUGCGAUUUCAGCGUCGACAUCAAAUGCGCAAAUAACCCGCCACCAGUCACAGUGGAUCAUCCAAAGUGUCAUGACCAUGGACUCACCCUCAUGGGGAGGGACGUCUCCUUCACAUGUAACGGUUGUGGUACUCAUGGUGAGAGAAACCCUUAUGUAUGUCUUCCGUGCUCUCUCAUGUUUCAUUAUGAUUGUAUUGAUCUACCUCAUGUCAUAAACAUCAACCGUCAUGAUCAUCGCAUAUCUCAUGCAUACCCUCUAAGUCCAAAGGAUAGAGUAUGUGAAGUAUGUCGUCGAGAUAUUACCUGGAGGUACGGAGCUUAUUCAUGCAACAAAUGUGAAGAUUUUUCUGUUCACUCCUUGUGCGCAACAAGAAGAGACGUGUGGGAUGGGAAAGAACUCGAAGGAGUGCCUGAGGAAGACGAAGAUAUUAUGCCAUUCAAAGUGAUCCAAGAAGGGGUGAUUAAUCAUUUCUCCCAUGAAGAACACAAUUUAUUACUUAUUGAUGGUGGUGAAGGCAUACAUUGCGAAGGUUGUGCACGUCCAGUUUCUUCUGAGAAGCAUUACAAAUGUAGAGAAUGUGAUUUCUUACUUCACCAAAAAUGUGCUAACCUUCCUCUUAGGAAACGGCAUGGGCUUUCAACACGUAUGCUUACUCUUCACCCAGGUAAGGAGAACCGCGGUGAGUUACAUAAGUGUGGUGCUUGUGCUCGAGUAGUAAGUGGGUUUAGGUACGAGGACGGUGAGAAAAUAGUAUUAGAUGUGCAUUGUGCGUCUGUCUCUUGGUUUAAAAACCCUAACCUUCAUCCACAUGCAUUAUUUCUUACCACAUUAGACCGUGGCGCUUGUGCGGCUUGCGACAUGACUAACGCAUAUGUUCUGAGUUGCGUUGAUUGUGAGUAUAAGUUGGAUUUCAAAUGCGCUACUCUACCAGUAGUGAUAAACCACAGGUGUGAUGACCAUUCUUUAGUCUUGUCCCGUGGUGAGAAGGUGCUUGGUAAAUAUUGGUGUACGGUCUGUGAAGCUGAGACCAAUCCUGAGAAAUGGUUCUAUACAUGUUAUGAUUGUGGGGUCGUGUGCCAUGUUGAUUGUGUGAUUGGAGACUCGUUGAACAUAAAGCCAGGAUUACUAAUCAUGGAAGAUGGAAUGAAGAUAGAAGCGGUUCUCAACAGUUCCAAUUCUAGGCCAUUGUGCUCUACUUGUGGCUCUCGUUGUCGGUUCCCUAUGGUUUAUAGGCUUUCUAGCAGCAGUUUUGAGAAUCUCCAUUGCUCAUUAGAAUGUGUCCUAGACUAUUGUACACAGCUACAAUUUUCUUAGGAUGUGUGAGCUUGAGGAUGUAAUCUAGCACGUUUGCUAAGUCUCGUUGGGUUGUGUGUUCAUGUUGAUUUUUCUAGGUUUAUGUGUUGUGUCAAAUUAUGUUCCAACAAUAAGCUUUCAACGA